AUAAGCCAUGUGGUGUAUAAAAAAGCGAAGACCUUGCGUGCGCAAAUUAGUUUUGUUUGUUGACGUACAAAACUAUCAAUGAUGAAGGCGAUUCUUCAAGGACUCAUCCUAACGCUAUGCGUUAUUUUACCAUCACAUUUUGGGUCCUCCCAAUUGACGGUGGAUGAAGAAUGGAAAUGUGGACCUGCUUGUAUCCACACAUGCUACUCCAAUGCCAUGGCCGUAAGGAGAUGCUUACAACAAAGACCACAAUGCGUUGAAGGAUGGUUUUGUAAGGAUGGAUAUACCCGUAUUAACCAAACAGGACAAUGUAUCCCAACUGAACGUUGUACGUGGACUGGCGGUCUUGGAAUAAUUGUCAACGCUAACCUACCACGUUUCUGCCAUGUGAAGAAGAAUGAAGAAGUACGUUUGUGUCUCCGAGAAAGGCUUUGCACGAUCAAGGAUAAUCCAACUAAUGCCCAAAAAUGUGGCUGGGGUUGUGGAUGCAAGGAUGGUUUCGCACGUUAUAAUGAUGAAUGUAUUACAAAUGAAGAAUGUGACUUGAUUGAGACUCCUGUAGUUGUGCCUAUUGACACUGUUGAAAACACUGAUGAGGAACAUGAAGCAAAUUCAACAUCUGUUGAGAGUAGUGAAAGUAGCCAAAGUAGUGAAAGUAGUAGUGAAGAAGAUGAUGACAUUAUUUGGCCUGAUUCUGCCCAAGAAGGAGAGUCAAAUGAUUCUGAUUUCCCGGAAAUGCCAGGAUUUUCUAGUGAAGAAUCGUCUUCUAGCGAAAGUAGUGAAGAAGGUCCCGAAGAGGAAGAAGAAGAAGAGGAGGAUAGUGAGAUAGAUACUGUUGAAAAUUCUGAGGAAAAUCAUGAAGGCAAUAGCGAAGAAGAUGAUGAAGAAUGUCCUGAAGAAGAAGAAGAAGAAGAAGAAGAGGAAGAAGAAGAGGAGGAUAGUGAGAUAGACACUGUUGAAAAUUCUGAAGAAAAUCAUGAAGGUAAUAGCGAAGAAGGGGAUGAUGAAGAAUGUCCUGAGGAAGAAGAAGAAAAUGAAGAAGAAGAAGAUGAAGAAGAAGAAGAAGAUGAUGAUGAAGAAUGUCCAGAGGAUGUAGAAGAUAACAACACCGCUGAAAACAACGAAGAAACUAACGACAACGACAACGAAGUUGUUAAUGAAGAUGAUGAAGAAUGUCCAGAAGAUGAAGAAGACCCUAACAACGCCGAAAACAACGAAGAAACCAACAAUAACUCGAACCCUAAUGGGGAAACUGGAGAAGGAUUAGAAGAAGGCCCAGCAAUUCCUGAAGAUGAAGAAGACCCCAACAUCGCCGAAAACAACGAAGAAACCAACAACAACGACAUCGAAGUUGUUAAUGAAGAUGAUGAAGUAUGUCCAGAAGAUGAAGAAGACCCCAACAACGCCGAAAACAACGAAGAAAUCAACAAUAACUCUAUCCCUGCCGGAGAAACUGGCGAAGAAUUAGAAGAAGGCCCAGCAAUUCCAGAAGAUGAAGAAGACCCCAACAUCGCCGAAAACAACGAAGAAACCAACAAUAACUCUAUCCCUGCCGGAGAAACCGGAGAAGGAUUAGAAGAAGGCCCUGAAAUUCCAGAAGAUGAAGAAGACCACAACAACGUUGAAAACAACGAAGAAACCAACAAUAACUCUAUCCCUGCCGGAGAAACUGGCGAAGAAUUAGAAGAAGGCCCAGCAAUUCCAGAAGAUGAAGAAGACCCCAACAUCGCCGAAAACAACGAAGAAACCAACAAUAACUCUAUCCCUGCCGGAGAAACCGAAGAAGGAUUAGAAGAAGGCCCAGAAAUUCCAGCAGAUGAAGAAAACAACAACAUCGCCGAAAACAACGAAGAAACUAACAACAACGACAACGAAGAUGUUAAUGAAGAUGAUGAAGUAUGUCCAGAAGAUGAGGAAGACCCCAACAACGCCGAAAACAAUGAAGAAACCAAUAAUAACUCGAUCCCUAAUGGGGAAACGGGAGAAGGAUUAGAAGAAGGCCCAGCAAUUCCAGAAGAUGAAGAAGACCCCAACAACGCUGAAAACAACGAAGAAACCAACAAUAACUCUAUCCCUGCCGGAGAAACCGGAGAAGGAUUAGGAGAAGGCCCUGAAAUUCCAGAAGAUGAAGAAGACCACAACAACGUUGAAAACAACGAAGAAACCAACAAUAACUCUAUCCCUAAUGGGGAAACCGGAGAAGGAUUAGAAGAAAGCCCAGCAAUUCCAGAAAAUGAAGAAAACAACAACAACACCGAAAACAACGAAGCAAACCAACCUGAAGGAGAUGACACAUACAACGUAAACGACGAUAUAUUCAACCCAGAACCACCAACACCUCCAAAAGAAGAAGAAGAAGAACUAGACCUCAUUCAGAAGUGUGAACUUGGUGUUAACCAAGAGUGGGUUUUCGGCCUCUGCGAUUUCACCUGCUCGGAGUGAUUGAAUCCUGCAAUCUGCAACUUAAUCUACAUUACGACUGCUUCUGCAAACGUGAACACGUCAGGAAUGAGCAGAAUGAAUGUAUUCACUUCCACCAGUGCCCAAAAUAAUAUUUUAACCUAAAAAUAUUAUAAUUGUACCUAAUAUACACCAGAAACAGAAAAAAUAUUGUUAUUUUUUUCGUAAAAUAAAUAUUUCAAAAUA